CAUGACUUCAUCCUACAAUUUGGAUUUUCUGCCCGAUAUGAUGGUGGAGAGCCGCUUGCUCGUUCCGGGAGACAGAAUUAACGGCACGGCUGGUAAAAUGAAUGGAGCAUUGGAGCACUCGGACCAGCCGGACCCGGACGCCAUCAAGAUGUUUGUGGGUCAGAUCCCGCGCUCCUGGUCAGAGAAGGAGCUGAAGGAGCUGUUUGAGCCCUACGGAGCUGUCUACCAGAUAAACAUCCUCCGGGACCGCAGCCAGAACCCACCACAGAGCAAAGGCUGCUGUUUUGUCACGUUUUACACAAGGAAAGCUGCCCUUGAGGCCCAGAAUGCACUGCAUAACAUAAAGACCUUAACAGGGAUGCACCACCCUAUUCAGAUGAAGCCUGCAGACAGCGAGAAAUCCAAUGCGGUGGAGGACAGGAAGUUGUUCAUCGGCAUGGUGUCAAAGAAGUGCAACGAGAACGACAUCCGGGUGAUGUUCUCCGCGUUCGGACAGAUCGAGGAGUGCCGGAUCCUCCGGGGACCUGAUGGACUCAGCAGAGGAUGUGCAUUUGUCACGUUUUCUACCAGAGCUAUGGCACAGAAUGCAAUCAAAUCCAUGCACCAGUCUCAAACUAUGGAGGGCUGCUCAUCUCCCAUCGUGGUGAAGUUUGCCGACACGCAGAAGGACAAGGAGCAACGGCGUCUGCAGCAGCAGCUGGCCCAGCAGAUGCAGCAGCUGAACAGUGCAACCACCUGGGGGAGCCUGACGGGCCUGGGCGGCCUCACCCCACAGUAUCUGGCUUUGCUUCAGCAGGCGACCUCCUCCAGUAACCUAGGAGCCUUCAGCGGGAUCCAGCAGAUGGCAGGUAUGAGCGCUCUGCAGUUGCAGAAUCUGGCCACUUUAGCAGCGGCAGCAGCGGCAGCCCAAAACUCGGCCAGCCCCUCCGCCGCAAACCCCCUGUCCUCCAGCGCAGCCUCCCUGGGAGCGCUGGCCAGCCCAGCAGCAGGCACCACGGCCAGUUCCAACGCGGGAGCCAUGAACUCUCUGACUUCUCUGGGCACCCUUCAGGGCCUGGCGGGGGCCACCGUGGGCCUGAACAACAUUAAUGCACUAGCAGGUAGUGUCAACAGUAUGGCGGCCCUCAACGGAGGCCUGGGCGGCACGGGGCUCACCAACGGCACCGCGGGGACCAUGGACGCGCUGACGCAGGCUUACUCAGGGAUCCAGCAGUACGCCGCCGCCGCCCUGCCCACCCUCUACAGCCAGUCCCUGUUGCAGCAGCAAGGCGCUGCUGGGAGCCAGAAAGAGGGUCCUGAAGGUGCCAACCUGUUCAUAUACCACCUGCCCCAGGAGUUCGGAGACCAAGACAUUCUGCAGAUGUUCAUGCCUUUUGGAAACGUGGUCUCCGCCAAAGUCUUCAUAGACAAACAGACAAACCUAAGCAAGUGCUUCGGCUUCGUCAGCUACGACAAUCCUGUGUCGGCGCAGGCAGCCAUCCAGGCCAUGAACGGCUUCCAGAUCGGCAUGAAGCGGCUGAAGGUGCAGCUGAAGCGCUCCAAGAACGACAGCAAACCGUACUGAUCUUAGCGCUAUAGGGUCUAUCUGCUCCCCAUGUUAGCACUGCUAGGAAACCCAUCUCCAUGCCUGUUAGCUCAUCGUUUGCCUAGCAUGUCUCCGUGGCGUCCCCCAAAUAAAAAAAAAAGAACAAAAACACAAAAAAACCCACAAAAAAAAACACCAAAACAAAAACAAGUGUCAUCGUCCUGUCAUUGUUUUCUGAUGUCUUUUCUGAGCUCACCUGAUCAUAACCUGGUCUCCGCCUACUGACCUUUUGAACUUUGAACUUAGCUUGACAUUUUUGGACUUUUCUUGUUUUUGUUUUGUUUUGUUUGAUUUGGUUUGGUUUGGUUUGGUUUUGCAUGUGACCUCAUUUUAAUAUGUUGUUUUGUUUCCUGGGAGAGAGUAGGAGUAGGGACUGUCAGGGUUGAAGGAGGGAGGGAAGACAUGUGAGAGAAAUGAAUUAAUGUGAAAAAGACUGAGAAUUUCUAUGGACAAACGAAGAAGAAAAAAAAAACAAAUGUGCUUUUAAAAGAGAAAAAAAAAACAACAACCUGUGGCAAAGCAAUUUUCAUUCGGUUUAUUUCAUUUCGGGGUUUUUUGUUUUUGUUUUUUUGUCUUUAUGUUGGGUUUUGCUUUCCCUUUUCCUUUUCCUCAUUUAAAGUAAACUUGAAAGUCCAGUGAAGGGAUUGGCCUGCCGUCCGGCUCGCGGCACCACUGGCUGACGUCAGACGCAGGUCACCUGGUCUCCAUGACGAUAAGACUACUUCCAAACAGUUUUGAAAAAAAAAAACAAAAAAAACUGUCUGAUCAACAGGAGGUGCUCUCCGAGCUCUCCAGUGGUUUUUACAUUUUUCAGGCAGUGUAAAGUUUUUUGAUAAGGCCAUUUUAAGUGGCUCUGUUUCUCAUUAAAGUCUAUAUAUAGAACCACUUUUUUCUAGAGUAGUUUAAAGGUAACAAAAUAAUAAUAAUAAAAAAAAGACAUUUGCCCUGUUUGGGGGGGAGAAAUGCUACCUACUUGUGUCACCUUUUGCUGAACUGACUCACAGAUAGACAAUCCGUGGUUUAAAUGCACAUGAUGAAAUGACCUAUAUUUUCUACUGUUUAAAUGUAUAAAGGAGGAAAAAAACAAAAACAAACAAAAAAAACCAACAAUGCUACGAUACUUGUAACCCGCGUUAACGUUGGUGCUUCUCGUGAGUUUAGUUGUGGUUUCAUCACAAGUCUAACAGUCUUAAAUGUCUCAUGUUUUUAAAGAGAAGACUAAAAAAAUCAGUUUACUUGAACAAUAGAUAAAGCCUUUCAUAUUACUAUAAUAGUUCCUUUGUUUGUUUGU